AUGGAGGAGAGCUGCCCGCAGGCACCGGUGAGGGCCAUACUGCAGGCCACGCGGCACCUCUUCGUCUUGGGCUUCUCGACCACCGGAGGUGGCCAUGAGCGCCUCACUUCGGUGCUCGGGGAGCUUCUUCGAGGGAAGAGCCUUGUUGGGGUGACGCUGCUGGUCUCGAUGCCCGAGCCCUGGAAGGGAGAGAUGCUGGCAGAUGGCAGCGUGCCGCGAGAGAAGCGGCACAAGGUGGAUCACACGCACAGCAUCUUAAGCAAGCUCUCGCCUCUCCUGCAGGGUGGCUGCCGGCUGAUUCUUGUGCGUGCCCUGAAGAGCGUCACGGGCUUCUACACCAUGCAGGCAGGUGCAGCUGCGAAGGAGCUGAUGUGGGAGAUGGUGGUGGCGCGACCGGAGGUUUACCGAGGGGAGGAGGCCAAGAGGCUGCUGUGCGAGCGUGGCUUCGUCCUCUUCGACUCGCAGGAGCCACAGGCCUCACAGGCCACGUUCUCCUGGGAGGACCUCGCCCCCAGCCUCCUGCCCACAGCACGCUCCUUGAUGGACGUGCUCCUGGCCGAGACAGCCGCCGAGGCCCACAUCUCGGUCAUCACGGACAUGGACCCGAACCUGACCUCCGCUGCGCUGAAGCUGCGGGCGGGCAUGCUCGAGGCCGGGGCGCCGCCCAGGCUGCAGGGCUUGGACUACGAGAACCACCAAGACUUGCUCCUGCACUCCUUUGGCAUCCGCUCGCUCCAGGACGUGGCAGCGUAUGCCUCCGAUUUCGAGGAGGCAUCGAAGCACUACUGGAACAUGAUGAAGCCCGAGCUUUUCACGGACAAGCAGCUCGCAACUUUGGGGAAGCUGAUCCGAGGCACCUUCCUCGUCAAGGUUCUCAACAUGGGGAGGGAAGGCCUCCGCGUUGCCCACGUCGACAUCGUGGACCCAUCAUUCCGCCGCAUGAGUGGCGCAGACCUGGAGCAGUAUGCCUUUGCCGCCGACCGCCGCUCGGCAGUGAAGUUCCUUCUGCUGCAUGGACGCCGCAUUACAAGUGAGGAGGCUGGCACGGCGCAUCAGGGCAUCAUCCACUCGGAAGAUGCCACAGAGGACACGAUUGAGCAUCUGGUCUACGUCUACGCGCACUUGAGCGGGCGCUCCAUUCUGGAGUACUAUUUCCGGCACCGGCGCGACUAUCCUGGAACCCUCGUCGUUGGCUGUGGCAGGGAUUGGCACAAGUAUGAUCGUCCCAGUGCACCCGCCAAGCUGGAUGGCCGCACCAACGUCAUGCGAAUCUGCCAGCUUGCACAAGGGCACGGCAUCGUCACUGCAGGUGCGGGAGCCAGCGGAGAGCUUGCAGACAUGCUGUAUACCUUUGAAGCGCCAGUGGGUGUGGUUAUCCCGCUGGACAAGCAGCACGAGCAGCAGCACAACGGCAGAAUCAUGAGUGACAGCUUUGACAGCAGGCUCCUUCUGGGCGUCCCGGACAACGGCUUCGACAUUGCAAGCCUCGGCCCAUUCUUGAGCGAGUUCGCUCACCGAAUGGCCUCGGCCCGCGACAAGUACCAGGCGAAGGAGGCAGCUCGUGCCAACCUCGACCGACUGCUACGAAAACGCAGUGCGGCCCAGCACGCCGCCGGUCUUCUCGCUGGCACCGAGGCGGCGACGCAGAAGGAGCGGUUGAUCAGCACGUUCUCCGAGCUGCUCCGCACCAGUGGCAUCUUUCUGCACUUGAAGGUCCUGCGCCGACACCUCAAGGGUUUCUUCCAGCUCGCGGACCAGCUGGACACCCUGGCCGCGCGAGGUGCCGCCAGCACAGGGCAGCUCUUCACCAUCAACGAGUGUGCCCACUGCACGGGCAAGCGCGUCACCAUCGUGGAUUGGGCACAUGCCGACGCGCGAGUGCGAGAGCUUCGACAUGUGUUCCAAUACCUGGGCUGCCCAGAACACUUGCACGCAGCCUGUGUGGCGGCCUGGGCCGUCCUGCUGGAGAACCUGCGCGUCGAGGCUGUGGCCGAGGGCGCACGCGCAGAGCUUGUGGAGGUGACGGACGCGGCCUUGCCGGGCCUGGCUCGUGUGCCCAGCGGCGAGGCCAUGUCUCCAGAGCAGCACGCAUCGCUGACGGCGACUUCUCGAGCUAUGAUGGCCCUUGCGGAGUGCGCCAGCGAGCUCUUCAUCACUGGCUUCUGA